CCCAGCAUGCAGCCGUGGAGUGAGUGAAGAUGGCGGAAGGUGGUGCGGCGGAUGCGGAGACGCAGAGAGGAGAUCUCGCGACGCUCCUCAAAACGCCGCUGCGCAGAGCUGACACAUGGUAUUUGGUGGACAGUCACUGGUUCAAGAAGUGGAAGAAAUAUGUCGGCUUUGACAGCUGGGACAAAUAUCAGAUGGGUGAUCAGAACGUCUAUCCUGGACCGGUGGAUAACUCAGGCCUGCUCAAAGAUAAAGAUGUGCUGGGCAUUAAGGAGCACCUCAUCGAUGAACUGGACUAUAUCCUGGUGCCGACGGAGGGCUGGAGUAAGUUAGUCAGCUGGUACGGACUGACAGAUGGACAGGAGCCCAUUGCACGCAAGGUGGUGGAGCAGGGGAUGUUCGUGAAACACUGUAAGGUGGAAGUCUACCUGACCGAACUGAAACUAUGUGAAGACAGCAACAUAGACAAUGUCAUCACGAAAAGAUUCAGCAAAGCAGACACCAUAGACUCCAUUGAACGAGAGAUGCGGAAGUUAUUCAGUAUUCCAGACGAGAAGGAGACCCGGUUAUGGAAUAAAUACAUGAGCAACACGUUUGAGCCACUCAAUAAACCAAACAGCACCAUUCAGGAUGCUGGACUCUACCAGGGACAGAUUCUAGUUAUUGAGCAGAAGAACGAAGACGGCACGUGGCCUCGUGGCUCCACACUGAAGUCAUCUGGCUCUUCCACACACUCUGCUUUACCAAAGAUCUGCCCUUCAUCCCUCACAAACAAUCAUAACAGCAGCUUCAGCGGCCGCAAUUUGAAGAACUCCAGCUACAGUCUACCAUCCUAUCCUCCAUAUAAUAGUUUUGAGUACUCAGACCAGCGGCGCGGUGAGAAGGCCGGACUGUGCGGUCUGUCGAACCUCGGCAACACCUGCUUCAUGAACUCUGCCACACAGUGUUUGAGUAAUAUCCCUCCACUGACCGAGUUCUUCCUGAAAGAUAAGUACCAGGAUGAGUUGAAUGAAGAGAACCCUUUAGGAAUGAAGGGAGAGAUUGCCAAAGCUUACGCCGAACUCAUCAAACAGCUCUGGUCUGCCAAAUACAAUUAUGUCACACCAAGACCAUUCAAGACUCAGGUGGGCAGGUUUGCUCCUCAGUUUUCGGGGUAUCAGCAGCAGGACUCCCACGAGCUGCUGGCCUUUCUUCUGGACGGUCUUCAUGAAGAUCUGAACCGCAUCAGGAAGAAGCCUUACAUUCAGCUCAAAGAUGCUGAUGGCCGACCGGACAAGGUUGUGGCAGAGGAAGCAUGGGAGAACCAUAUCAAGAGGAAUGACUCCAUCAUCGUGGAUAUUUUUCAUGGUCUUUUCAAGUCCACUCUGGUCUGUCCUGUGUGUGCAAAGAUCUCUGUGACCUUUGACCCCUUCUGCUAUUUGACACUUCCUCUGCCCUUGAAGAAGGAGCGCACACUGGAGGUGUAUCUGGUGUGGCUGGACCCCCUCACCAAACCCACACAGUAUAAACUGACGGUUCCUAAAGUGGGCUAUAUUACUGAUCUGUGUGUGUCGCUCUCGGCUCUGUCUGGUGUACCUGCUGAGAAGAUGGUUGUAACAGACAUAUACAACCACAGAUUUCACCGCAUAUUUGCCUCCAAUGAAAACCUGAACAGCAUUAUGGAGAGGGACGACAUCUAUGUGUUUGAGGUUGCUGUAAAUUGUCAGGAGGACACGGAUCAUGUGGUGAUUCCUGUUCUUUUGAGAGAGAAAUACAGGCAGUCUGGUUUCAAUCAGACCAGCUCACCUCUGUUCGGUAAGCCCUUCCUCAUCACUGUACCAAGAACACUGAGCGAAGACAAGUUCUACAAUCUUCUGCUGCUGCGUCUGUGUCGUUUCAUUCACUCAGCCUUUGAAGACGAGGAGUCAGAGGAGACAAACUCCUCCAAACACCACACAAUUAAUGGCAACGCAACCAAUGGUAUAAUGGAGGAGGGGUCGCCGAGUGAAAUGGAGACAGAUGAACCCGAUGAAGAAUCCAGUCAGGACCAGGAACUGCCCUCUGAGAAUGACAACAGCCAAUCAGAGGACUCGGUUGGCGGUGACAACGACUUGGAGAAUGGAGUCAUCCCAGAAAACUCCAGCAAAGGACAGCAAAUUACAAGGCACAAAAAACGACUUUUCACAUUCCAGUUGAACAACAUGGGCAAGGCGGCCUUUAACUUCAUCAAAGGAGAUCUGCAACAAAUCCGAUUUGAUGAGGAUCAUUUACGACUCAGCGAUAGAUGCUAUCUCUCUUUGGACUGGGAUCCUGAAAUAAAGAGAAAAUACUUCAAUGAAACUGUGACAGAGGACUUUGAUAAGCACGAGAGUAUGGACUAUAAACCUCAGAAGAAAAGCUUCUUCAAACUGAAGGACUGUAUUGAACUCUUUACCACUAAAGAGAAGCUGGGAGCGGAUGACCCCUGGUACUGUCCCAACUGUAAGGAGCACCAGCAGGCCACUAAGAAACUGGACUUGUGGUCUUUACCGCCGGUGCUGGUCGUCCAUUUAAAGCGCUUCUCCUACAGUCGCUACAUGAGGGACAAACUGGACUCGCUUGUGGAUUUCCCAUUGCGUGAUCUGGAUAUGUCCGAGUUCCUCAUCAACCCAAAUGCUGGACCCUGCCGCUAUGACCUCAUCGCUGUGUCCAACCACUAUGGAGGAAUGGGAGGAGGACACUAUACUGCGUAUGCAAAGAACAAGGAUGAUGACAAGUGGUACAACUUUGAUGACAGCAGCGUAUCGCCAGUUAAUGAGGACCAGAUAGUGUCCAAAGCUGCAUAUGUCCUGUUUUACCAGCGUCAAGACACUGUUAAAGGGACAGGCUACUUCGCACUGGACCGUGAGGUCACUGAUGAGCAGGAAAACUCGACGCCGCAGGAGAACGCAACCCAGAGUGAAGAAGAGGAAGAUCUAAAUGAUAAUGAGAAUGAGGAAGAUCUUGAACCCAACCGUGACGUUACUAUGAACACCAAUUGAGGUGGAAGGUCAAUCAUACAUCCAAAGCCAUAUGUACACUAAACGACGCACCUGCGUAUACGGGGCGAGAAUGUAAAGAUGGCGAAGUGCUCGGAUUCCACUUGAGACGCCAGUAUUUUCACAAUUUUCCAUGAAAAGUGGUUAUUUGGGAAGUAUAUUGAUAAAACCACGGCGUACAAUGUAGGCAGCAUUUCUGUGUGGGUUCUUUAGUUUUCGCAUGAGUGAAAGAGUGAGCGGUGCAUAAAUGAGUGAUUAGAAAAGUUUUAUGUGUUAGCUUGUUUUAUUUUGUAUAUACCUUGGAGGAACACUGAACUAAAGGGUUUGGUGGACUACUGACUGUUUGUUGCACAAUCACAUUUGUUUUUCUUAUCCAUGCCAUGUGUAUCACAAUUGAAGCUCUUCAAAUGCUUCAAGGUGCUUAUUUACCUGUGAUGCAUCGCCAACAGCAUGUGCGAAACGGCCCGUCAUGUAAUGGAAAAGCCAUUUGUGCUGCUAAUGCCUUGUGUUGGUUUUAGGUGACAAAAUCUGGGGAGUCAAGUCGAAGGCCAUAGUUUUACAGUUGAGUGUGUGUGCGUGUGUGUGUGUGUGUGUAAGCACUUCUCCUCACAUCUUCUAUUCAUAGAGGCUUUUUACAAGAUUUUGCUGAUACAUUUGGCACUAUUUUCUUUCUUUCACCAAUGCCUUAAAUGUAUUAUCAGACUGUUGCCUUUUCUUUGCACAAUUCUCACUUUCAGUCACUCGUUUGAGUCAUUGUAUAACACACAUAUACACAAUCUCCAUACCCAUAAAAUACCACUGCUCCGCUCUGAAAUCAAUCCUAACCUAACCCUAACCCUUAAUUGUAUGGAAAGAGUUGUGAGGUGGCCAUCCUCUUGCCUUUGUUUUUGGUGAAUGUUCUUGGAGCGUAAUGGGUCGUUUUCUUGCGUUUGAUAUUAAUGAAAUGAUGGCAAAUGCUUUAUACAGAUCCACCGUGCAGCCUAUCUGUGGUUAUAAACAGUCAUUGGGUUCAGCUAUAACCAACUACUUAUGCUUUUUAUAUAAUGUACAUAAGAGUUCACUCUGUGAGUGCACAUUUGAUACAUUUAUUUAUUUAUAAGGAACCAUUUCAAACAACCUGGAUAGACAGAAGAUGUAUUGAAUGUGGCUUUGGUCGAGCUCUCGUCUGGACUGAAUCCAUUAAAAGGACGUUGUAUCAUCUGUGGGUUUUUUGUAAAUUAACUGAUAUUCUUGCAUGAUGAAUAUGGGGGAUUUAUUUUCGCUGCACUUUGAGUUUACUUUGGGUUACAUUUGAAAUGUGCAUGUGUAUUUAUAUAUGACUUUAAUAAAGCUGAGUAAAGCCUUG